AUGUUCAAGCCGCAAGUGUUUCGGAGAAGCUUCUCACUUUUCAGACGCGCUCCGACGUCUGCAGUAGUCAAGUCGGCCGCUCACAAUGGAAAUGACGCGAUAAGGAUACAGAGAGUGCGCAUCCAAAAGCGCUUCUUCUCCACAUCACGUCUCGUGGGCUUCGCAGUGGUCACUGUAGGAAUCUGGAAGCUUGUUGAUUGGCUCAAUGAACCAGUAGAAGUAGAAGAUGAUGAAGAGCUACAGCAACAUCGGCGCGUGCGACGGCGACCUAUACCAGGGCAGGGCGUGAACGAGAACGACAACGGCGGACGCGAGAUAACGGACGAGGAAGAGGACGAAUGGGAGGACGAGGAUGAAGAGGACGAAGAAGAAAACAAUGCUGUACUAUUUUUCCCGACCGGGUUCUCACGACCUAGACCAAGGACGUUCUACAGAGGCUCCGACCCAGAAUGGCAGACAUUCACUCGAUUAGCACCAGACCGAGAGCGAAUGGAGAAGAUCAGGGGUGAACUGGUCACACUGGUGCGAGACUUCGCUGUUAAGAAUCCUCGUACUGCCUUGUUUCUCGGUAAGGUCGACCCUACGAAGGGCGCCAUCUGGAUAGAGUUCAAAUUCCCGGACGGGCCGCCUUUAGAGUACGAGCGACCUGGCUUCGAACUCACGGAAGAACUCACCUUCAGAAGAGCCACACAACUAGUUGAUCCGCUGCAUCAUAAGAAAUUAGCGAACGUACUCAUGCCGACAACCGUUGCGAAUUCAGUAUACUCCGAUAUGAAGAGGCGGAUGUACAGCUCGUGGCUAGAUUUGAGGAAGUACGCAGGAUUCGAAGUAAAGGAAUCGACAGUGCAGAAUAUGUUUAGAGGGAUACCUCCUUCUCCCAUCACACCUAUAUCACCGAAGCAAACCCCGACUGCGCCUUCCACGCCAGCAACACCUGCUCCAGCAGACGCUGAGAAGCAGGUCCAACCUCCAUCGGUAUCGUCACCUACAAAUCCAGCUCUAGACAAGUUGGGAAUCUCGCUUCCAGAUCCAAACCAAGUUCCGACCAUGAACCUCGCAUACUUUCGCCUGAUGCUAAUGAAAAACCGCAAACCCAUGAACAUCGAGCCACCACGGGGAACGUUCGUCGUAUCUGGCUUAGUGGAAAUCAUCGGUGAAAAGGCAAAGGCGACCUUGGAUGUGACCGCAGUAUACGAUCCGAAUGCUGCGAAAUACGUCAUGCUGAAUGCGAAGUUGCGGACCAUGACGCAGUAUAAGCAGCACCCAAUGGGUGGUCCUUGA